AUGUUAACAUAUGAUGUUUUCUAUCUGCAUGUUGGAUUGCUUGAUGAAGAGAAAAUUCUUCCCUUGGGGAAGGAUAUCAAUGUGGGAGGCCUUUGUAGUUUAAGAAAUGAAAUGCUGAAAUCAAGUCUUGAAAAGAUCUUCUUUUUCUGUAUCGAUGUUGAUUUGGUGAAGUAUAGUCUGACUUACGUAAAAAUUAGAAGGUUGUAUAACUUUCCUACAAAACAAAAGUACUGUAUUGGAGUGGCAUUGUUCUUGGUUCAAUGUCAAUUGGGAUCAUUGGCUAUGCUGUUGGGAGGUAUGUUGGUUUUUGUGAUCAACAUAGAGUAUUGCAAUGAAAAGGCUAAUGAAUUGGUUGCGAAAUUGGAAACUGAGCAAAAGGUUACGCUCAAAGAUAAGCAACAAAAUGAUGCUAUAAUCUUUUUCUCAAAUAGGGUGGUUGCAACCUCUGCUUCUCAGAGUUUACAUGUGCAAACGGUUGAUAGGUGGUCGAUUUUCGAUUGUGGCCUAAUUUAA